AUCUCGCAACCCCAACUCCUUCUCUCUCUCAUUUUCGGAUUCGUCUCCCUCAAUUAGGGUUUCUGAGGUAUCAUUUGUUUUCCAUCUCUGUCUCUCUGAGAAGCUCCGUUCUUUCUCAACAAGUCCUCAGAAAUGGCCGGAACCGCUGUGGUAACAGUGUACGGCAAUGGAGCCAUCACAGAGGCCAAGAAAUCCCCUUUCUCUGUCAAGGUCGGCCUUGCCCAGAUGCUCCGAGGCGGAGUAAUCAUGGACGUGGUGAACGCCGAGCAAGCCCGCAUCGCCGAAGAGGCAGGGGCCUGUGCGGUCAUGGCCCUGGAGCGUGUCCCUGCUGACAUCCGAGCGCAGGGAGGCGUCGCCCGGAUGAGCGACCCAGGUCUCAUCAAGGAGAUCAAGCAGGCCGUUACCAUCCCCGUCAUGGCCAAGGCUCGCAUUGGGCACUUCGUUGAAGCCCAGAUCCUCGAAGCCAUUGGCAUCGAUUACGUCGACGAGAGCGAAGUCCUCACCGUCGCCGACGAAGAUAAUCACAUCAAUAAGCAUAACUUCAGGAUUCCCUUUGUCUGCGGAUGUCGUAACCUCGGCGAAGCCCUACGUAGGAUUCGCGAAGGCGCAGCCAUGAUUCGCACCAAGGGAGAGGCUGGUACAGGCAACAUUAUUGAAGCCGUGAGACAUGUAAGGUCGGUGAUGGGUGACAUCAGGAUCUUACGUAACAUGGAUGACGACGAGGUCUUCGCCUUCGCCAAGAAGAUUUCUGCUCCCUACGAUCUGGUGAUGCAAACUAAGCAGUUGGGUAGGCUCCCUGUGGUCCACUUCGCCGCAGGUGGGGUAGCUACGCCGGCCGAUGCUGCUCUGAUGAUGCAAUUGGGUUGCGAUGGUGUAUUUGUUGGCUCUGGUGUAUUCAAGAGUGGUGACCCGGCUCGCCGUGCUCGGGCGAUUGUUCAGGCUGUGACCCAUUACAGUGACCCUGAUGUUCUUGCCGAGGUGAGCUGUGGAUUGGGUGAGGCCAUGGUUGGACUGAAUCUCAAGGAUGCGAAGGUUGAGAGGUUCGCCGAACGGUCGGAGUAGGCGUUGGAGGAGGAUAAAAUGUUUGGUUCGAUUGGCUUGGAGUUGAGCUAUGGACGUGUUGAUCUUCAAGAUAUUUCUUUCCUUCGUCUGCUGUCCUGGUACCUUUGGGAACUAUUGGUGGGGAUUUACUUUUGGUUUUUUGCCCUUUUCGCAUACAGUAGUGAGGUUAUUAGAUUGAUUGCUAUAAGAUUGAUUUGUUCCAUGUUACUGAAGAAUAUUUAUUGAUUAGAAGUUAAUUUCCUGUUUUGAUUUGAUAAUCAUAAAUGGAUGAUUCAAUUAUAGAGAAAUUUUUUUUAUU